AUGGCCGCGGAUCGUCUCAGCUCGCUUUUGAGCCACCUCAAGCCCGGCGCCGCUAGCGGUGUUGCUGCUAUCACCCAAAAGAACCCCGAUGAUGUAGUCAUUACAUUGGCACUCCGCACCCCAUUGACCAAGGCACGCAAGGGUGGUUUCAAGGAUACAGAGUUGGAUUAUAUGGUUUAUGCCUUGUUGAAGGAAACCUUAGCCAAGUCCCAGAUUGACCCUGCUCUGAUCGAAGAUGUCUGCCUCGGUAACGUUGGUGAAGGCAAAGCCGCUUACAUGGUCCGCGCUGCGGCCCUGGCUGCCGGUAUUCCCCACACAGCUGGUGCCUCAUCAGUGAACCGUUUCUGCUCAUCUGGACUGAAGGCCGUGCAAGAUAUUGCCAACCAAAUUCAGCUGGGCGCCAUCGACGUGGGUGUCGCUGUGGGUGCUGAAUUGAUGUCUGCCGCUGGCGACCGGCUGGAGAAGCCUUUCAACGAGGAGGUCCUCCGCAACCAGGAGGCUGCCGACUGCAUGCAGCCUAUGGGUCAGACAUCUGAGAACAUUGGCAAGGACUUCGGUAUUCCUCGCGAGGAGCAAGACCGAUACGCUGCUGAGUCUUUCCGUCGCGCCGAGGCUGCUCAGAACGCUGGCUGGUUCGAUGACGAGAUUGCUCCUAUCAGGGUCAAGGUCACGGACCCCAAGACCGGCGAGGUUAAGGAGAUCACUGUCUCUCGCGAUGACGGUAUUCGCCCCGGCACCACAUUCGAAUCCCUGUCCAAAAUUCGCCCUGCGUUCCCGCAGUUCGGUGACAAGUCCACUGGUGGAAACUCCAGUCAGGUCACCGAUGGUGCCGCUUCCGUUCUCCUUAUGCGCCGUUCCAAGGCCAUCGAGCUGAAUCAGCCCAUUCUCGCCAAGUUCUGUGGUGCUACCGUUGCUGGUGUACCUCCUCGUGUCAUGGGUAUCGGUCCAACUGCCGCUAUUCCCAAGCUCCUCAGCAAGUUCCAGCUUGACAAGAACGACAUCGAUAUCUACGAGAUCAACGAGGCCUUCGCCUCUAUGGCAGUCUACUGUAUCAAAAACCUUGGUCUUGAUCAUGCCAAGGUUAACCCCCGUGGCGGUGCUAUUGCUAUUGGCCACCCUCUUGGUGCGACAGGUGCGCGUCAAAUCGCUACUGUUUUGAGCGAGGCCCGCCGAACAAAGAGUAAAAUUUUGGUCACUUCCAUGUGUAUCGGAACUGGACAGGGCAUGGCUGGUCUGUUUGUCAACGAGCAGCUUUAA